AGAUUCACAGAUGUCACACCUUUCCAUCUCUAAUGAGCAAGACAGACAAGAUAUGAUCUUUCCUCUUAAAUAGGAACUUGUUUCCCAUAAUGAAAACAUUAACAAUAAUUGCCAAUUGAGGCCCUAAAUGAGAAUUGAAGUCAUUUAUUUUAUUAGCUAGUAUGAACCAUUUUGGAGUGAAAUUACAUUCGGUUUUUUUAUAGGGAAGACAACCCUCUCUGGGGAAGACUUUGUAGGUGUGACUUCCGGAAAAUGUUCCGUCCUCAAUGUUCCGGUGAAACGCAGCGUUUUACUUCCGGUCGUUCCUGUCACAUGAAGCUAGUUCUCUGCUGGUAGACAUGCACUGAUUAAAAACACACACAAAAAAACUAUGACUUCGUCUGUUAACGGAAGAGUAUUGGAUGAAGAUAUGGACAAUCAAAUUGUACAGGCAAGACAGUUAAGAACAAAUGAUUAUUGACAAUCACGGCCUACACCGGCCGAACCCGGAAGACGUUGUGUCGCCGCCCUGUGGGACUCCCAAUCACGGCCGGAUGUGAUGCAGCCUGGAUUCGAAUCAGGGACGACAGAUCCAGCCCUUUCGACCUCUGCGCCACUCGGGAGCCCUGCUUCAGUGAUUUAAAUUCUACAUAUCCUCAGAGGGUAGAGGGAACUCGUAUCAGUGAUUUCAGUUCUACAUAUCCUCAAGAGGGUAGAGGGAACCAGUCAAAACAGCUCAUCAAGUCUGUCAGUGAAUACUAGGCUGUGUGUGUAGAGGAUGGGAUAGGGGUGGUGUCGGGGUCGAUCGGGAUGUCAGACUUCUCCGAUGAGAUCUUGUUAAGUAUCCUGCGCUAUGUCUCGACCUCUGACCUCGUGAAUAACGUUUCCCGGACCUGCCGCAAGCUACACACGCUCUGCUAUGACAAGACACUGCUGACCACGGUCACACUGUCUGAAGAAUACACGGCAGAUGACGGCGCUAUUCGCCAGGUGCUGAAGCAUCUAUCCAAUCACGUGCAGUCCCUCAGCCUUAGCGGCUGCUAUUGGCUGUCGGGUUCUACCAUCGACCGCCUGAUUCGCUGUCGCUCCCUGGUGCGUCUGGACCUAUCAGGUUGUCGCGUCACCUCCCUGCGUCUGUCCCGCCUCCUCUCAUCCCUCCCCCUCCUCCGAUCUCUCGCUUUUGACGUAUCGCCUGGCUUUGAUUCCGCCCAGCUGAGUGGGGAGGCCCGUGAUUCGCUGUCUCGGCUGUCGGAGCUGAGACAGACGGUCCUGACGCCGAGUUACGGGGUCGUUCCCUGCUGCUCCAGCCUCUUCAGUCUGCAGCUGCAGCUGGACAUACUUGACGUCACCAGGGAGGGUACCAGUAUGUGUUGCCAGUUGAUGAUGGGUCAGAGCAGUGUUCCUCACUACCAACAGCUGGAGGAGUUUACUGCAUGUCUGGCACCUGGAGAGGUGAACCAGACUCUACUCCUCCUCUACCUCGCUGUGUUCAGUGUUCGUGUUCCGGAGCGUCUCCACUCCUUCCUGGUUUCAGUUCCUGGUCCGAACCCCGCCCACUGGCCUGCUGCGUCCUCAUUGGCCCAUAGCCUCGUUCAGCAUGGCGACCUGGAAGCCCUGCAGUUGCCUCGCUCCUGGUUGGACGCCACGUCGCUAGGACGGGUCCUUCUUAGCAACGCUCCCAAGCACUUGAACUUCUCCCGUUGCCCCACGUUACGACAAACUGUCAUCCAAUCGCUGACUGGCACUGGAGUGAGAGACUCGACGCGAUUGGUCAGCCUGAAUCUUAGUGGUAUAGGCCACACCUCCAAUUAUCCAGAGUGCAGUAGAGCGCGGGGAGAGGAGGAGCUUGUUGCCGAGGCGAUGAGCCGGCUGGUUAUUUGCUGUCCCAAUCUGUCACACCUCAACCUGUUACACACACACUAUCACCAUGACAACGCACACACACCUGGGCUGGAGGCCAACACACACCUGUGUACCAGCCUGUCCAAACUCACACACCUCCGGUCUCUGGCGCUGCCCGCGUGCGCCCUGUCGGACGGUUCACACACACCGUCCCCUUCCCCCUCCCCCUCCUCUCUGCUGCUGGGACUGAGGAAGCCGUCCCGCGUGGGGCUCCAGACCUACAGGCCAGGCUCCGGGGACUCUCUCCCCAGGGAGGGCACCUCUGGGCUGGGUACCCUACUGGCCGGCUGCCCCUGUCUGGAGGUUCUGGAGAUAACAGGACCGGGCUUCAUCUCCGCACUGCCGCGUCUUGAGCCCUGUGCCAGGGUGUGUGUGGAUCAGAGGACGUGUGUGAACGCUCGCGGGGUGGGGGACACGCACGUUGCGGCUCUCCGGGGGUUCCGGGGGCUGCGGAGGCUGACGCUGGCGGGGCUGCCGGGGGUCCUGAAGGGGACUGGGCUGGUACAGGUGGCUGAGCACUGCCGGGACCUACAGGCAUUAUCUCUGGCCAACCUGGGGUCCUUAAAGACCUGGAACUACAGCGCCGCCCUGCUGGACACACUGAGGAACUGCACCCAGCUCACACAGCUACGGUUGGAGCAGCCCUACCUGGUGUGUAACGGUGCAUUCUGGGAGGCGUUGUCAUGCUGUUCUCGUCUCCGCCGCCUCUGUCUCAUCUCGCGGAACGGAACCUUCCACCCCGCUGCCGUGGUUACCUUCAUGGAGUGUUGCCGUGACGUCAUGAUGUGUCACAUGUUCUUGGGUGGAACUCUGGUGGCGUGUCGGACGCUACAGAAAACACUGCUAGACCGGUUCUCUGUGGAGCGUCCGGCCCUCAGUGUGGUCAUCUACCCUCUGCUCCAUGAAGACCUUCCAUUGGUCAUCAGAGACAUGCCCCUCCCACUGCUCGAUCAACUGACCCUCUUCCAAAGCCGCGUUGCCCAGGCCCCGCCCUCGUCACAAUUGGGACACCAGAGAGCAAAGAGGCAACUAGCCAAUCAGAGCCCCUCAUCACCAUGGUGAUGCCAGAGAGUGAAGAAGCAUCUAGCCAAUCACAGCCCCUCAGAUUAGAGGUCUUCACGGGUUCAAAAAGUUGGACCUGUUCCGAACUGGACCUGGGGCUGUCCCACCCGGACCCGAAGUGCAUCAAUUAUUCUGUUUAAUAUAGAGACUGAGGACAACUAGACCCCGUUCCAUAUCGACAUGGUUGGAUCCAGACCCGAUCUGAGUGAGAAAAAAA